ACCAGCAGGAAGUGAAAGCUAGGGAACGGGUUGUUUUAGGAAACAGGUUUUGUUGAUGAACCACUUCACACAGCGCCAUAGACUCACAUAGUCACAGUCUGGAACAUGAUGACUCCUCUACUCUUCUUCGCCUUCCUCCUCCUCCUCUCUCGUCUGCCAGGCUCUCUCUGUAGGGUGACCACCGUGGGUGAUCUGUCGGUUCUGGAAGGUCGAUCGGUGAUGAUCCCAUGCCAUUACGGGCCGCAAUACGCCAGUUAUGUGAAGUACUGGUGCCAUGGCCGUGUAAAGGACCUCUGUACCAGUCUGGUUCGCAGCGAUGCCCCACGGGGACCAGCUGCAGCUGGAGAAGACAAGGUGGCCAUGUUUGAUGACCCGGUACAGCAGGUGUUCACAGUAACAAUGACAGAGCUGCAGAAGGAGGACUCUGGAUGGUACUGGUGUGGUGUGGAGGUGGGAGGAGUCUGGAGUGCUGAUGUCACAGCCUCCCUUCACAUCAAUGUUAUCCAAGGUAUGUCUGUGGUGAACAGCAUGGUGAGUGGAGAGGAAGGGACCAGCGUCACUGUCCAGUGUCUCUACAGCCAGGGAUACAGGCAGCAUGAGAAGCGUUGGUGUCGUAGUGGUGACUGGAGCUCCUGUCUGGUGACAGAUGGUGAAGGGCGGUAUGAAGACCAGGCAGUAGAGAUCAGAGAUGACCUGACCAAGGCUUUCACUGUCACCCUGAAGGGACUGGCCCGGAGAGAUACAGGCUGGUACUGGUGUGCUGCAGGACAGCAACAGGUGGCUGUCUACAUCCUGGUCACUCCUCCAUCCACAACAGCGCCUGCUCCUACAGUUACGUCCCCACCAGAAGAAAGCCCUCAGUCUGUUUCUGCGUCUCCGUCUGUGUCUCCUCUUCCCAGACACGUAGCUAAAGGAGCAGACCACCAUAGGCCACUAUGGGAGUUUCCUCUGAUGGUGUGUGGAAUUUUGUUCAUCUUGAUGGUUCUGGUGCUGCUGCCAUGGAAGAUACUGGACCAAUACAGACAAGACAGGCAGAGCUGGAAGCCAGACUCAGUGACCCCCCAGGUGACGACUGGCAGAACACCUCUGUCGUCUUCCUCAACUCCGACUCACAGAAGGUGUACGGUUUCUGACCCCGCCCACCCUCCAGUCACCUCUGACCUCUAACUUCCACCUUCAAUCUCUGGCCACCUUUCUUCAGAGCUGGACGCCAUGUUGCUGCCUCUAAAUAUUCCAUCUAUCCAACAAUAUGUUCAGUACCAUGCUGUAUGAUGCUGCCCUUUGGUACAGACCUGCUAAGUACCACAAAUGGUAAUAAUGUUAGUUAUUGUGAUCAUUACCUGACAUGUUAAAUAAUGUUAUGAUGUUUACUGAAAUCAGUGUGUAUAUAAUCUACUGCAACUAUUUGUUUUGUAUUACAUAUUUACAUUUUCUAUAAAAACAUUUUAAGAAAGAA